UCUUUGAGCAUUCCAUUCUGUAUCAUGACAAACAUGAGGAAUAUCUCUCCUUUGCUUUUCCUGCCUUCCUUGCUGCAAUAGGUUGUACUGGAGAAGCCCUAUUAAUAGUACAAGGAGAGGAAAAGGCUCUUCUGGAGGCAGGAAAACCAAGUCAGGAAAGAAUUGGAGGAAGUGUGGCUGCCAUUUCACUAAACAAUUUAGAACAGAUUGAGCUUCAAAACUUACAAGCCUUGCCAUUGUUGCUAAGAAUGUGAACUAAACACGAUUCAGUUUUUUGGUUCUUCCUUCUUUCUCCCCCUCCCCUUUUUCUUUUCUGUUUUCUUUUCUUCUUUUCCCUUUUCUUUUUCUUUGGGUCCUUCAGAGGUUUUCAAAGGGGAAUCCUUGAAGGAGAAAAGCGAUGAAAUGAAACCCUUCAGCAGUUCAACAUUACAGAGAGCAGAAAAGGAGAGACUGGGCCAGAAAAAGCCGACCAUCAUAUAGAUACACACACCCUGAAUGAGUUUUCUUAUGAAGUUCUGUGGAGAAUGCAACUGACAGCUGUCUAAUGAGGCCCCUUCACUACUUCUUCAGUGCGGUGAAAGUGCAUCCAUUCUUUUGACAACGGCUAAAGGACAAUGGGGUCCAAUAUACUUGGGAAAGCUGCAACGUUGGAUGAACUAUUGAGCACCUGCAUUAAAAUGUUUGAUCACAAUGGAGAACUGAGUAACAAUCAUUUGCCAAGAACCUUCCUUUUAAUGCACCGAUGGUAUCUAUCAUCUACAGAACUGGCAAGCAAACUUAUCUCCCUAUAUAGAGAUCCCAGUGGGGAAAACUGCAAUGAAAUUCGCUUAAAAAUCUGCUACUUCAUGAGGUACUGGAUUUUGAAAUUCCCUGCAGAAUUUAACCUGGACCUUGGUUUGGUUCAUCUGAUUGAAGAAUUUCAAGAAUUAGCCAGCCAGCUAGGUUAUGAAGAGCACAUUCAUCUUAUUGAUAUCUCAAACAUUCCCUCUUAUGACUGGAUGAGGAGAGUCACACAAAGGAAAAAAACUUCCAAGAAGGGAAAAGCCUGCCUGCUAUUUGAUCAUCUGGAACCCAUUGAGCUUGCUGAGCACCUCACUUUUUUGGAGCAUAAAUCUUUCAGAAGGAUCUCUUUUACAGAUUACCAGAGCUAUGUGAUCCAUGGCUGUUUGGAGAACAACCCAACUCUGGAAAGAUCAAUUGCUUUAUUUAAUGGCAUCUCUAAGUGGGUCCAGUUGAUGGUCCUUAGUAAACCAACCCCUCAGCAAAGGGCAGAAGUAAUCACAAAAUUCAUCAAUGUUGCCCAGAAACUUCUCCAUCUCCAAAAUUUCAAUACAUUGAUGGCUGUUGUAGGAGGACUAAGCCACAGCUCCAUUUCACGUCUCAAAGAAACUCAUUCUCACCUUUCCUCAGAGGUUACAAAGGAUUGGAACGAAAUGACUGAACUUGUGUCCUCCAGUGGAAACUACUGCAACUAUCGCAAAGCUUUUGCUGAUUGUAUUGGCUUCAGAAUACCAAUCUUAGGAGUCCACUUGAAGGAUCUGAUAGCAGUUCAUGUUAUCUUUCCAGACUGGCUCAGUGAGAACAAAGUCAACAUUGUGAAGAUGCAGCAGCUUUCAGUCACCUUGAGUGAACUGGUUUCCCUGCAGUCUGCCUCUCACCAUCUUGAGCCAAACAUGGACUUAAUUAAUCUGUUAACGCUUUCCCUGGACCUCUACCACACAGAAGAUGAUAUUUACAAGCUCUCACUGGUGCUGGAACCAAGGACUUCUAAAUCACAGCCUACCUCUCCAACUACCCCGAACAAGCCAGUGGUGCCACUCGAGUGGGCAUCCGAAGUAAUACCAAAGACAGAUCCGAGUAUCAUCAACAAACACAUCAGAAAACUAGUUGAUUCUGUUUUUAGGAACUAUGAUCAUGACCAUGAUGGCUAUAUCUCUCAAGAAGACUUUGAAAGCAUAGCAGCCAAUUUUCCUUUCCUGGACUCAUUCUGUGUAUUAGACAAAGAUCAGGAUGGUCUUAUCAGCAAAGAUGAAAUGAUGGCUUAUUUUCUGAGGGCCAAAUCCCAGUUACAGUGUAAAAUGGGUCCAGGUUUCAUACAUAACUUCCAGGAGAUGACCUACCUUAAACCAACCUUCUGUGAGCAUUGUGCUGGAUUUCUCUGGGGUAUAAUCAAGCAAGGCUACAAAUGCAAAGAUUGUGGUGCCAACUGUCAUAAGCAGUGCAGAGAUCUGCUAGUUCUAGCCUGCAGGAAGUUUGCCAGAGGGACAUCAGUGAGCAGCAACCAUGGAUCUCUCCCCAAUAGUCCUUCAUUGCCAGCAGUGCAAGAUGAAGUCUUUGAAUUUCCCAGCAUACCUCCACGAAAUCGGGAUCUAGAUAGCAGAGCAAUCACACUGGUGACUGGCUCUUCUCGGAAGAUUUCAGUCCGUCUGCAACGGGUUACCACCAGCCAAGCAACCCAGACAGAGCCACUGUGGCAUGAGCCUGGCUGGGGUGAUUCAGGAUCGCAUACCUUCCCCAAAAUGAAGUCCAAGUUCCAUGGGAAAUCAGGAAAAAAUAAAGGAUUUGCAAAAUGGGAGAAUGAAAAUCCCAAUAUUCAGACCAAUAGGAACACGGCAGUAGUAACUACAGUGCAUAAAUUGGACCAUAAUGGAAUAGAAGCUCCCUUAGAAAGGCAAGAAAUGGAGGUUGGUGCUACUGUCGCCCACCUCACAACUCUGAAAGCAGCAGCAAGGUGCAGGCAAGAGCAGCAGGGAACAACAGAAAGAAGCAGUAGGCACACAAAAUGGAGACAGAGACAACAUGGCUGACUAAGAAAUGUAAGGCUAGCUGACCCAUUGCUGCAAAAGAUGGAAGACAGCUAAAGAAGGCACAAUGUCAUAUUCUAUAGACUGCCAGAUGUGCUUGAACAUCAUACUAUUGUUGAAUUCAGUAUUUUUCUUUUAUUGCCUGCAACAGAAAUGACACUAUUUAUUUUCUCACAGUUUAAAUAAUUUGAUCAAUCUGCACAAACAGAAAACAAGGGAGUGUUAUAGCUCCAAAGUUUCUGUGAUUCUUUGUUGCCAUUUCUUGGGUAAUAGAAAAUGUGGCUUCACACCAUUUCACCACCACCAAGGACACAGUGGCUCCUAGAAGUAUCACAGUGACCACAGAACUGGGAACAAAAGUUGUGUGUUCCAAAAAACUGUUGUUAAUGUUGCACAUUCUGUGUGUGAUGUUCUUGUCCUUGUUCAUUUCUGAACACUGCAUUCUUUGUCUGGCAUUUACAGCUAGAUCAGAGACUGGUGGCCUUUGAAGAUUAUUGCUCAGAAUUUCUCUGACAAUGCAGGGUCCCUCUGCACACCUAUUUCAAUUCUAUCCCUUAGUUCUGUUUUUGCAAAGAAAUUUGGAAGAUGUUUACAGUUUUCCAUUAAAUGUGUGACAAGCUACUGAUGUGUGUGCUACAAAUUCUCAGCACAGGAUAACUGACUGAGGUCAUAUAGCAGAUGUGGGGAAGAGUUGGGAAAUUCUAGUUAUACUGUAUGGCUGCUGAAGGAACUAGAAGAAAGAGUUCUUUCCAUCGCUGCUACUCUUGCUGAAGUAAUUAUGUAGCACAUUUUAAAAUGUGGGUGUUUGGUGGUGGUUGUUUUUUUGCAAGGAUGGUAGUGAUGGUAUGUAUGUUUCAGCAAAGUUGGAAUAAUCUAAAUAAAAACACUGGAUUUCAUAGCA